GCCCGAAUCCGGGAUGUUUGCCCUCCGGCUGGGCGCUCGGCUGCGGGCGCAGGAACUGGGCGCAGCAUGCUCGCCGCCGUCAGGAGCCUCCUGCGCCUCCGCCUGGGGCGCGUCCCCCACUGCCCCCCGGGAGCGCCUCCAGAAGCCGAGCGACGGCCCGUCGCGUCUAUCCGGCCCAGAGGUCUCCGGCAGUACUCCAGCGGCGGGGCUCCCAGCAGCUCGGGGCCCCAAGGUUCCGCAGGAAAGAUCCACAGGGUUCCCGCCGAGCACACGCCGUCGCAGUUUGACAAGAAAAUCCUGCUGUGGACUGGGCGUUUCAAAGCGAUGGAGGAGAUCCCGCCUCGGGUUCCGCCAGAAAUGAUAGAUGCUGCAAGAAACAAAGCUCGAGUGAAAGCUUGUUACAUAAUGAUUGGACUCACGAUUAUCGCCUGCUUUGCAGUGAUAGCGUCAGGCAAAAGGGCUGCAGAACGACAUGAAUCCUUAACAAGUUGGAACCUGGCAAAGAAAGCUAAGUGGCGAGAAGAAGCUGCAUUGGCUGCACAGGCCAAAGCGAAAUGAUCCUCUGACUGGCAGAGUGUUCCUGGAAUGUCAUCACUAUUCUCAGCAAACAUAAAAGAUAGGUAAAAUAGGAUAGUUAAGAAAAUGUUUGCCGAUGUUUUAUUUUAGUGACAAGAACCACAGUCUUUUUUAUUUUUACUUUUUAGUAAACUUUUGUUGUUGCAUAACAUACAUUCAGAGAGUGCACAAAAGUGUAUGCAGCUUGAUAGAUUUUUACGUAGUGAACACACCUGCAUAACCGCGUCCAAGGCCGAGAUGUAGAACAUCAGCAGCCCCUCAGAAGCCUCCUUCCUGCCCUCUGUCAGUCAUGACCCUCCAGAGGUAACCACUGUUGUGAGUUUUAUCAGUAUAGAUUAAUCUUGCCUGUUUUUGAACUUUAUGUAAAUGGAAUUACACAGUAUGCACUUGUGGAUUCUUAUACUCAACAUUAUAUUGUGAGAUUCACCCACAAAUUUUUUGAGUUCAUUCAUUAUUAUUAUGUUAUAAUAAUCCAGUGUAUAAAUAUGCCACAACUUAUCUGAAUAUUUAGUCCAGUUUUUGGCCAUCAGAGAUAAUGUUAAAACGAACGCUCUGUGCAUGUCAUUAUAUGUUGAAUUAAAUCACUAAGGGCUCUUUCAAACCUAAAUGAGUUUUCAACCAAAGUUCUACUGUAUUUGGUGACUGGAUAGGCCCUCUGGGUAUUCUUUUUUCCCAGUGAGCUUUUAUCCUAGUUUGCAACUAGGUGAAACAAGUUUACAAAGUCUUAUAAACCAAGAACUAUUCAUUUCAAAACCUAUUCUAAAAUGAUGAAAGUACUGAAACAGUUAUUGUAAAAGCAAUUUAAAAAAGACAAAAACAUUAGAGAAAGAAAAAUAGUAUGUGUCAGUGGUCUUCAAACUUGAAUAAGCCAUAAGACAGCUUUUAAAAUUAUCUCUUCUCACACAUCUUUAAUUUGGUGUCUGUAAUUUUAAAAUCAUAAACAUGAGUAGUUCAAGUGAUAUCAUUUCCAGUUUAUUGUAUAUUAAAUGUACUUUAAAUAUAGUUUCCUUUAUAACCUUGAAGCUACAUAGUUAGCUCAUCCAAUUUAUGGAGGAUGUCUGCUUUGUAACUUUAAGGACAAAGCCAGUCCUCGCUGUCAAACUCAUAAGCCAAAUAAAACUUGGACUUACUUUCUGUUAGGAAAAGUCUUACUUUGAUUUAAAAAUGAAAAUGUGAGUACACAUUCCUGUGACACUAAUCUCGCUUCUUAGUUCAACUCUGAGAUGGAUGGAGAAGGCAGGAAGCCUUAUGAGUUCACCCUCUAGACAAACCAGGGCGUUACCAGCUGGAGCAUUUUGCACAAUGGCGCUCUCUCCUCUGACCCUCUGGAACUCUUUCUUUAGCAGCUGUCCACUUGAAUUACCAGUUUGUCAUGCAGGUGUUUGCACCACUGAGCAAAGCUUAAAUAAGAGUCAUAAUGAGUGAGAAGUGCUUUUGGGGUGUAAUAGUACAAAGUUGAUUGUGAGGAGAGGUGAGAAAGGAGAAAUGGCAGACUUGGACAGAUCAGUUUUAGGAAAGAGUAUAUAGAGUUUAAAGAUCUGGAAAUCAGUUCUCUUAAAAAUAUAUUACUCUGUAUACUUUGAAAGUCUUUUUGUAUGCUCUGCUUGAAGACUCCUGGGAUAUUCUAAAUAUUAUAGAAAACUUCAAAGAAAAUGUUUGUAAGCAUGGAUGUGAUGAUUUCCAUUUCCAGUUAGAUUGAAGACCAGAUGUCCAAAGAAAUCAUCCAGUAUUGAACUAAAAAUCCUGGUUAAAAUAUUUUUAAAGUAUCUUUUAAAACACUUGGCUCAACUCCCAGGGAAAGAAGGAAGAUCCUUACUACAGACAGUAAGAAAGUAAAAAUGCAGAGUUAAGUGUAUCUUAUGCUGCUAUUUGCCAUAGGGGCAUCUGGGUAUCCUAGGUGGUCAUAUGUUAGGGAGAAUAAACAAAAACAUGAGGCCUAGUGAAACUGAGAGGAUGGACAUCCACAUGAAGCCAGAAUCCAAGAAGCUUAUAUUGUCAGUGGACUGAACUGGGAUUUGGUGGUAAUUAUGAGGUGCCUGUUAUGCUGCUUACAAUGGCAAAGACUGAAAACAGUUUAAAUAUCCAUCAACAGGGGAUUAAUUGAAUAAAUGAUGGUGUGUCCCCAUAAUGGAGUACUCUGCAGGUACAGUAAGGAAUGAAGAGUGCUACAUUCUGUUACAAAAUGAGCCACAAAACAUAGCUGAGUGAAUAAAAACAUAUUGGAGAAAAAC